UUUAUUUAAAACUAGACAAUUGGCUAUCCUGGGGCUAGUUGUGAUUUUUGGUCUGCACUGAUUGCGCCACUGGAGUCUGGAUGUGGUGUGUGGAACGUGAUAACGUUUGUUAGCCGACACGCAAAUGUGUUGUCGGCUGAGAAGAAUUCGGCACCUCAGCUUUCGAAUCUGAUAACGACGGUCGUGCAUCCAGCUCGAUUAAUCCAGUCCUGGGCAAAUAAGCCGGAUCGACAUGGAAGCGGUCGAGGAGAGCGAGCCCAACGUUCUUCGCGAGAUCGCGAAUGACGAGGAGUUGGCACAAAUACCGAGGGAAUUAACAAGGCGGAUCCAUGCGCAUUUUAAUGCAAAAUUCGAGGAGUUCAUAACCGCCAAGGCAGUUUUCGAGACCAACCGAAAAUGCUUGGAGCAAAAUUUGGAGAAGGCGCAGAAGGAACUCGCCGAGCAGAAGUUUGAUCUCGACGAGUGCAGAGGAAAGUUGGAGCUAGAGGAAAACAGCAAUACGGAAGUAUGUAGCAAUCUUAAGGAAGUGAAAAUUGAACAGCACAAAUUACAGGAAUCUGUCAAACGGUUGGAAAAGGAAAACAGCGAAUUACGCAGACAGAAAGACGCAGUUACGGAUGAGGCUAAUGCAUUGCAACUGCAAGUUGAAAGACGGGAUACGGAAGUUGAAAGAAUGCGUACCGAAUUGUCAUCUUUAAGCUCUCAGCUUCAAACUGCCAUUGCAACCAAGUGCCAAACUCUAGCUCAGACGGAAGAAAUUCGCAGCCGAGAAAUGACCUUGGACUUCAAGGAGAAACGACUGGAUCAAGAACGAGUGCUUCUCUCACAACAGAUGGCAGGCCUGGAGGAAGAGCUGGGCAAGAGGACCUCUGAACUUCAGACAGCGAGAUCCGAAUCCUCUGCCAGGGCCCUCUUAAUCGAUACGAAACUGUCGCAGCGCGAGGAAGAGUUGAGAAUAGCCAACGAAGCCAAUUCCCAAUUGCGAGAAUCGGUUUCCGCCAUUCAAAAGCAAUGCGACGAACUGGCUCAGAAAGUGGAGCAGCAGCGAGCCCACGAGAUCGCUAUAAAUGAUUCUUAUCAAAAAGAAAUUAACGCGCAGAAAAAUCUCGCUAGUCUGUACGAGUCGAUGAAGGACGAUGCCAAUGCCAAGGCCGAGGAGAUCUCUAAUGCAGCAAGCGAACUGCAGAAAUUAGUGGAUAGCACUGCGGAAGAGUAUGGAAUUUUGGAGACAAAAUACAAUCAGUUACUGCUCCAGCACAAGCAGGAUAUCGAUGACAAAGAGCAAAACAUCCAGGAAUUGUCAAAAGAGCUGGAACAUGCCAAUGAAUUGCUGAAGAAUAUCCAGCAAGAGAAAUUGAAUCAAGCUGUAGAACAGUUGGCACCUACAGCAGCUAUAACCAGUCGAGUGCUACGAAAAGGUCUGAGCCUCACCCAGAUUUAUACCCAAUUAGUCGAUGUCACCAAUGAAUUGACCUUGGAGAGAGAAGAAAAUGAGCGCCUCAAGUCUCAAAUGGAGGUGAUUCUUCGCGAGUUGGAGCAAAAGGCGCCAUUACUGCAACAACAACGUCAAGAUUAUGAGACGGCUAUGGCAAAUAUCGCAUCGUUGACAAACAGGCUGGACGAACUCCUCGCGGAGAACCAGCGUCUUCAUGAAAAUUCCGAUGAGGCUAACCGCCUUGCCAAGCAUCACACUACAGAAAAUCAAAGGCUGAAAGCUGAAUUGGCUGACUUGGCUAGACAAGUGUGUUAUCUGCUUAAAGAAGUUCAAGAAUGUCGCACGGGCACUCGCAUGGAAACUAGAGAUCUAUCUUCCUCCAUCGACACGGAUGACAUCUUAUCGUCGCAGAUUAUCACCAAGAAAUUGGUUACCUUUAAGGAUAUUGAGGAACUGCAGGAGAACAACCAGAAGCUCUUGGCAGUUGUCCGCGCGUUGUCAUCCAGACAAGAAGAAAUCGAACGGGCCACUGACGAAAUAAAUUCGGGCGAGAUGAAGGAGAAGCUGGAUCGUUAUAUGGAGCAGUUAACAGAGAUGCAGGCUGCGCAAGAUAGGCAGUCGAAGAUGCUGGAUGGUCUUUUGAAGCAGAGAGAUUUGUACAAAAACAUGUAUCAACAGGCGAAGAAUUCCAGUGAGAAAAAAAAAGAGGAGGUGGAAAAAGAUAUCGAGGAGGACGAAUCCAAACUGGGAGAGAAAUCAAAGACAACGAAAAGUGAUGAAGAAAAAGAGAAAUUGUUUAGAAAGCUAAAGGAGGCUGAGGAUAAAUUUAAACAUGUUUCGGAUGAGUAUGAGAUAUAUCGAAAAGAACGAACAGCUCAUGAAAAGAUGUUGAGCGAGGAAGUUGAGAGACUUAGGAAGGAAGCAGAAGCAAAUUCGGCGAGGUGUUGCAGACUGAGAGCACAGUUGGACUCGGCGAACGAGAGAUUUUCACUUUUGCAGGGCAAUGUCGCUUCUUAUAAGACCCAAAUCAAGGCACUCGAAGAGAAAUGCACCAAUUACAACAUCACCAUCAGCAAACAUGAGCAGAGUAUCAUGAUUCUAAAAGACGAGACGCUCGCCGCUCAAACUCGCUUAUCCCGAGCGGAAGUUCAGUCGGAAAAUCUUCGUCAGGAACGUCAACUUCUGCGAGACUCUGAGGGACGUUUGCUAAAGGAGCGAGAGAUCUUCCAAAGGGAAAGAAAGACUCAAGCACUGCUCAAGGCGGAUAUGGAGUCUAUUAAGGCCAGUUUAGAGCGAGUUCAGGCUGAAGGGCAGCUUAGGGCUGAACAGAGACUCGACGAUGCCAACAGGGAAUGCGCUGCUCUUCGACGCCGUCUUCAGGAAGAACAGGAUCGCUUCAGGGAAUUGGCAGGUCAUUUAGAGAGACAAUUGAUGACCGCUCAAGAGAGAUUAAAAGAAGAACACGAGUUGAGUGAGAGAUUGAAGACGGAUCUGGAUCAAGUAAGAGAAACUGAGACUCAAUAUAGUCAGAAAAUUGAUCAAUUAACCAGUAAAUUGAAACAAGUAGCCGCCCAUUCCAUCGCUAAGCCCUUGACAGGUGAUGAAAAUCUUAUAAAGAGAGUAAAAGAGUUGGAGAUGCAACUGAAUAGCUCUCAGGUCGAAGCGAAGUCUCUCUCUGAACAAUUGAAGGCAGCUAGACAGCAAAGCCAGCAGUAUUGCGAUAUUGCUGAGAGUGCUGAAACGCAGUUGAGAGAGUUAACAGCCGAAUAUAACAAAUGCAAAGAAGAACUGGAGAACGCCCUGAAAGAAUCACGUGUAGAGAUCAUUUCAUUGCAGAAGAGAGUAAAGGACCUGGGUGAUGAUCUGGCAAGAAUGUCAAAUGGCAGACAAGAAACCGACUCAGAAUUAAGAGACAGACUGGCCGAUGCUGAAAGGAAGGGCGAAGAGGUGGAUGAGUUGAAGGGUGAGUUGGAAUUAAUGAAGAGCGAUCUGAAAUCUAUCUCUAUCACGGCCAAAGAAACGGAGGACAAAUAUGCUAGAGAAAUGAUGCAGCAUUCGUCCGAUUUGCAGAUUUUAACAAAGUUGAAAGAGGAAACUCAGCAAGUUCAACAGCGACUUGAUAUGCUGACCCAACAGCGGAACGCAGCAGUGGAAGCUCUGGAAGCUGAGAAAUCAGCCUCAAAAGAAAGAGAGCAGAAGUUCAUCAACGAGCUCGAGGAAACCCAGAAGAGAAUUGUAGAUCUCGAUACGCAGAAUGCACUUUUGCACAAUCAGCUUCAGGAGUUGGGCGACCGAGUAUCCAUCAUGCAGAGUCAGCAGACCAAGAUAAGUGGAAGGGAUAGUCCUGAUACCAGCCUGGAAUCUCUAAACAAGAGUUUCAGCUCUGUAGAGGAAGAUUCCAAUUCCGUUAAACAAUUGUUAAGAGUUAUACAUUAUCUAAGAAGAGAGAAGGAUCUGGCCUUAGCUAAAUUCGAUGUUCUCAGAACUGAAAAUCUUAGGUUGAAAUCACAGGCCGAGGUGGUGGAAAAGCGGUUGAAGGAAACCGAGACGAUGUUAAAUUGUGAACGAGAAAAGUCCGAAAUCGAAGUAAUGACCACAUCCAAACAUGCAGAAUUAUUGCGCAAAGUAGAGACCUUAAAUGCCAUCACGGAUUCUAAUCGAAUUCUUCGGGAAGAGAGAGAUAAUCUUAGUGCAAAGGUUAACGAGCUUGUAGCCAAAGUAAAUGCUUUAUCGGAGGAAGUAGUACCGCUUCGAGAUAUUUCCAGAGAUAUGACAGCUAAAACGGAAGCUUUGACAGAGGAAAACAACAGUUUGAAAGGCGAGGCAACUAGAUGGAGGCAAAGAGCGAAUACAUUAUUGGAAAGAGCGAAUAAGGCCAGCCCUGAGGAUUGGCGACGACUUCAAACAGAAAGAGAGAACCUGAGCAAGCUGUUAACGUCGGAGAGAGAGACUCAUGCAAAGAGAACUGAAGAAUUUAAUCAAGUGAAAACAGAGAAGACGAAACUCGAGGAGCAACUGCAAAUCCAAGAUGAACAAAUGUCGCGAGCAUCGGAAGAAGUCCGUAAACUAGGUCAAGAGCUCAACGAGGCACUAGCCGAUUCCUCUUUGAAGGCAAAGGACUUGGCUUCUCUUAAAAAGGAAUUGAGCGAUAAAGAGGCGGUUCUUAAUGAUAUCAGAAAUAAGGAAAUUCAGAUCCGCAAAAUAGCCAAGAAGUAUAAAACGCAAUUUGAGGAACUCGCCCGAACCGUUGAGGAAGAGAAAACUCGCAACGAGGAAACGAGAAACGAGGACGCUUCCAGCGCCAUAACGCAAGAGCGUGAGGAUCAACUGCGGGAGGAAGGUCGUCAGGAACUUCGUCAAGCGAACAUCGAGCUCACGACGAAGAUAGAUGAAGUAACUCGCCAAAUAACAGUGGCUCAAAGCGAGGCCGAUAAUCUGAGAAAGGAAAUCGAGACCAUGAAUCGCAGCAGUAUAGAGAAGGAGGACAGAGCAAAGCAGGUCCUUAAGGGCGCCAGAACGAAAAUCAUGCAGUUGACCGAAUCCAAAAAGAUCUGCGAAAAAGAGUUAAUGGAUUUAAAAUCGAGGCUAGAAUCCGCAGGAGGCAGUACAGGAGUUCAAGGGGAUCCUGAUGCAGAGCACGACGCGCGAUUGGUAGCAUUGAAAUCGCAGAUGGAAGGUCGUAUCUCUAGAUUGGAGCAUGAAAAGUCGGAGAUACAGGCAGAGAAGGAAGCGCUUUUGCAGCGAGUCGCGCAACUCCAGAGACAGCUGUCAGGAGUAAGUGGGGUAAGCGCAACCACGGAGCCGCCAACAGCAAAUAUUAAACCGAUGUCAGCUAGAGCUGAAACACCACUGGCCAGUAUCAGACCAAUGAGCGUGGUGGUGCAGUCGCGAACAGCUGCCGUUUUACCGACUACAGCUGGUGCGCCGGUCAUGGUUGCGCCACAUCAGAUGCAGCAACAACAGGUUGUGCAUACUACGGAGACAAGCUCGCCGACUAGCAGUUUGACCGACUUCCAGCCGGCAAGUACCAGUACUUCUUCGCAGAGUGCACAAACUAGCGGUCUUCGUCAGUUGGUGGUACAACCCCAGUUGAGUGAAUCGGCGGAAUCGACACAAAGAGAAGAUCCAGAAAGUGCGGAGACACUUAACUUACAGUCGCAACAGCAACAAUGUCAGCAGCAACAGCAGCAGCAGCAACAAACAGUGGCGCUGGUGAGUCCUAGAGUGGAGCAGCAGCAGCAGCAGCAGCAGCAGAUCACUGUCAGCGAUCAGCAACAGACAGUGGCAAGCAGCUCCACUCAGUCCGUUAGUACUUCUCAAGCUUCCACGGGGCUCAAGAGAACACGAGGUCUAGACUCAACCGCCUCCGGUUCAGGGAUAGUCGAAGGAUUGGACCAUGGACGUCAAGAGCAAGUGCAGAGUCCGAAAACUAAGAGAAGUAGACAGGAUAUUAGCGCGACUGCAAGCGCUAGUGCUUCGGAAGUAGAGUAUCAGGUUCCCACGUCAAGUCAGAGAGAUCAAGAUGAAGAAGUAGAAGAAGGUUGUGUAGUAGUGGUAGACUGUGAUGAGGGUGAAGGCGGAGGCAACCAUCAAGCACAGGAAGAAGAGGAAUUUGACAACGAUACGUAUGAAGAGAUAGAGGAAGAAGAAGAAAUGCCGUAUGAGGUCGAAGUUGAGGUUGAGCGAGAUAAUAACGAGGUAGAGAUUAUUAUGGAGGAGGAUUCCACCAGCGUCGAGAUCCCUCGACAAGGUCAAGCCAUUAUUCCUACAAAUCAGCAACAAUCUGAAGCUAUCAGUAGUGCGGGACCGACUGGAGAACCCGCUACAUCUUUCACAGCAAGGCCUAGAGGUAUCGCGCCAAUGCCCAGACAGCAACAACAGCAGCAUCUUCUUCUGCCACAACAAGGUUAUGAAGAUGGUGGCGACGACUGCAUUGUACCAAGCACUCCUACUCUUUUCGUUCCUCGUCGCGAUGGUUUCGGUGAAGCUGUGAGUUCUCCGCAGGUACCACAAGGUCGUUUCACUUUUGGCGACUCUUCGGCACCUACGACAGCUUCCUCGACACCAUCCCUGACAACGCCUACAGGCUCUACUACUAGAAUUUUUGGUUCAACCAAUUCUGCUGUAGUUCAGGUCGUCCAAGAGAGUCUGGACGAUGGUAGAAUGGAUUUAGCACAACUAGAGGAUAGUGGAACUGGUCGUAGCGUUCCCACGACACCUCUUCAAGUUUCCCCAGCUGCGGAUUUGCCUCCUUCGACCAGUAGCGGCCAAUCUGAAGAACAAGAGAGCACCGUGACGCAUGUUUCUAUAACGGCCACUUCCGGAGACAAUGUCGAGGAACCUAACGUUCCCAGCAUUCGCAUCGUUAGUACUGAUGAACAGCAACGUGGUGCGACUGAAGCUACAGAAUCUAGUACAACUCCAAGUGAAGGAGUGAGCUCGGAAGGUGACAAGCGUGUGGAAGAACCAGCGACUCUGGCAUCCGGUGAGGAUGAUGCCGCGGACACGGUAGAAGCGACGGAAGAGCCGGGAAGUGAACUCGUUGAAGACGAGGUUGAAGAGGAGAAUCGCGAAGCAGAGGCAUGUCCAUCCAGCAACACUCGCCAGAGGACAUUGGCAGCCAGCCUGGCUGCUGCAGGUGACUCCAACAGUGCUAGGGGAGUAACAGUGAGAAGGUCGCCGAGGUCGCCCUUCAGGGCUGCAAGAGGCGCGAGACCCACACCGAUCGUAUGGGGAGAAACUCAAUCGGGUAGAGGACAACCCGUGAUGCGAGGGCAUGCUGCUAGAGGUGCCGCUAAUGAGGGAGGACGAGGACGAGGGACGCGAGGUCGACGAAUGCGCUCGAAAUAUCCUUAUGCCCGAUACUCGUAAUAUUGGCACAGCAUUUUCUCUAUCUUGUGUACGUCUUUUAUUCGUCGAAUAUUUUGUGUAGUUUUUAUUGUCGCUUAUGUUACGUAAGUAAAAGGAAAUCUCCAGUAAACUGAUUCAUUCAUUUAUAAUGCUUUAACGUUCCUCAACAUUUCUUGGAAAGAAAUGCGCAGUUUUUUUCAUUUGUAUGAAAAAGAAUUAAAUAAAAAAUUUAUCUUUUUAAAUCAAAUUCUUUAAGGAACAUUAAAACAUUGUUUUUUUUUAUGUGGGUUUGAAUAUCGAAAAAGGUUUUGCAAUAGUUUUGUCAUUUUUUAAAAGUACUAUAAAUAAUUAAUAAUAAGUAAUAAACUUUUGAUUUAAGAAAAUAAAGUUAGAUUUCAAUUCCUCUUCUGAA